AUGCAAUGGAGAGAGAGAAAUAAGGAAAAAAAGGAAUCUCAAAGCUCCAGUUCAGAGAUUUUGACCGUUUCCUCAUUCCCUUCCUCUGCCGCGACACUUGAGAUCAGAUCCAACCCCUUGAAUUUCGCGAAGAAUUCCGUAAUAGAACACUUUGCUAUGGCUGCCACCGCUACUGCUCCUUCUGCGGUCCGCUAUGCACCUGAGGACCAUUCCCUUCCCAAGCCUUGGAAAGGGCUUGUGGAUGAUAGAACUGGCUACUUGUACUAUUGGAACCCAGAGACCAAUGUUACUCAGUACGAGAGACCUGCUUCCUCUCAACCUCCCAAGCUUCCUGCAGUUUCUGUAAGCUCCUCCGUCCAGGCUUCUUCCGGAGCUAAUGGUACCUAUGGCCCUACUCCUUCCAAGGAUGAUGAUAAGUACUCUAGAGGCGCUGACAUCGGGCCUAAGAUCGAGCCUAGCUCCAGGUUUAGUGAGGUUGGCAGGAGUGGAGCUUCCUAUUCGAAUGGUGCUGCUAAUGGAGCAUAUGGUGCGUCUGCAAGAGGUCCUUCUCCUUCAUCAGCUCCAGGAAAUGAACUUUCCCCGGAGGCUUAUUGCCGCCGUCAUGAAAUUACCGUCAGUGGGAGCCAAGUACCACCACCUCUAAUGUCAUUUGAAACUACUGGCUUUCCUCCUGAGCUUCUCCGAGAGGUGCGAUGUUUGCUCCUGGGAGGAGCUAAUGUCGUACACUGUGCCACUUCUUUGAGGUCCUUGCAAAAUAUUUGGAGUGCCCUUUAUGGGCUUCCCAAAUCAUCCAAGCUCGUGGCCGGGCCUGUUAAUGGUGUGAUGAUAUAUUUCACCACCGGGUCCAGACAGAAGAAGAGGCGUCCUCCUGCUGCAGGUUUCUCUGCUCCAACUCCAAUUCAAGCUCAGUCGUGGCCAAUUGCUAUGCAAGGUCGGGACAUAGUGGCCAUUGCUAAAACUGGCUCGGGAAAAACUCUGGGUUACUUGAUUCCUGGCUUUAUGCAUCUUCAACGCAUCCGGAAUGAUUCCCGAAUGGGCCCAACAAUCUUGGUAUUGUCUCCAACGAGGGAGCUGGCAACACAAAUCCAAGUCGAAGCCGUUAAAUUUGGGAGGUCAUCAAGAAUUUCGUGCACGUGUUUGUAUGGUGGUGCACCAAAGGGUCCGCAGCUGAGGGAUUUGGAUAGAGGAGCAGAUAUCGUGGUUGCAACUCCGGGACGAUUGAAUGAUAUCCUUGAGAUGAGGAGAAUCAGUCUGCGUCAAGUAUCUUAUCUUGUGCUAGAUGAGGCAGAUAGAAUGUUGGACAUGGGUUUCGAACCGCAGAUAAGGAAGAUUGUGAAAGAGAUUCCCACCAAACGCCAAACCCUUAUGUACACAGCUACAUGGCCAAAGGGAGUGAGGAAAAUUGCAGCUGACUUGCUUGUUAACCCUGCACAGGUCAACAUUGGCAACGUCGACGAGCUUGUGGCCAACAAGUCGAUCACACAGCACAUUGAAGUGGUAGCGCCGAUGGAGAAACAGAGGAGGUUAGAGCAGAUAUUGCGGUCUCAGGAACCAGGCUCAAAGGUGAUAAUAUUCUGCUCAACGAAAAGGAUGUGUGACCAACUAACACGCAAUAUAACCCGCCAAUUCGGAGCAGCUGCGAUACAUGGAGACAAGGCGGUCAUAAACUAUGAUUUCCCCAAUGGAGUGGAAGACUAUGUUCAUAGAAUCGGAAGAACAGGAAGAGCUGGAGCGACUGGUCAUGCUUUCACAUUCUUUGGUGAUCAAGACUCGAAACACGCUCUGGAUCUGAUCAAGAUCUUGGAAGGAGCAAACCAGCGAGUUCCUCCUCAGAUCCGCGAGAUGGCUGCACGCGGCGGUGGCGGCAUGAACAAAUUCAGCCGCUGGGGUCCUCCUUCGGGAGGUCGAGGUGGUCGUGGAAGCGACUCUGGCUAUGGUGGCAGGGGGGGUGGCUUUGGUUCACGUGACAGAAGCAGCAAUGGAUGGGGAAGGGAGCGUGAAAGGAGCCGUAGCCCGGAGAGAUUCAACAGAGCUCCACCACCGUCUUCCACCGGAUCUCCUCCUCGCAGCUUCCACGAGGCCAUGAUGAAACACAGAUAAACACACAAGAGUUUGUAUCCCCCAUGUGAAGACGAACGUUUUCUCGGGGAAUAAUACGCUACACUCGGACAUUAUAUAUUUUUUUCAGACACUCCCCAUUGAAAAACUACGUAUAUUCCUUUUUAAUAUGUGUUGUGUUCUUUACUCUCGGAGAUUGCUUGUUUAGAUAGAAAACACUUUGUUCUAAACAUUUAUGAUAAUUUUGUGGGAUUCUUUAGCAAUUUAUAAAACAAAUGGUAUUAUAGAAUUUUUGGUUCGGUUCGGUUUUGGUUGAGCCGGCAAAGAGAACCAUCGCGUCUGAGUCGUGG